GCUUUACGCUUUACUCUCCGACACGUAGUGGCCGAAAACACUCGUAGCUUCCUCAGUGCCAGUCAGUUGCUGGAGAACACAGAGCAUCGUUAGAGUUGAGGAGUGAUGAAGAAAGUGCUCAUCAAUCAGUCAAUCAUUAUUCAAUUACCAUGAAUUAUUUAAUAUAUUUGACAUUUGUGUGUAUACUCUUGUCUGGAGUAGCUCGAGCCCAACUCGAAAUAGAUGAAGCGGAUGAUGUGCCCAGUGUUGAACAGAAUCUGGGCUCGUCCCGCGAGGCUUCCCGUACCGAUGACGAAGUUGUACAACGCGAGAGCGAAGCUAUUAACAUUGAUGGGCUAAACCCUUCCCAAAUACAAGAACUCCGCAAUCGAGCCGAGAAGUUUACUUUCCAGACCGAAGUGAACAGAAUGAUGAAGUUGAUUAUCAACUCCCUUUACCGCAACAAGGAAAUCUUCCUCAGAGAGUUGAUCUCCAAUGCAUCGGACGCUCUUGACAAAAUUCGUCUUCUUUCCCUGACCGACAAAAAUGUUUUAGACACUAAUCCAGAGCUUUCGAUUCGAAUCAAGGCAGAUGCUGAAAACAAAAUUCUCCAUAUUAUAGAUUCUGGUAUCGGAAUGACGAAGACAGAUCUCAUUAAUAACUUGGGAACAAUCGCCAAGUCGGGAACAGCUGAAUUUUUAGGAAAAAUGCAAGACACGAAAAAUGCUCAGGAAAUGAACGACAUGAUUGGGCAGUUUGGCGUAGGGUUUUACUCGGGAUUCUUAGUUGCUAACAAAAUUGUUGUCACAACGAAGCACAAUGACGAUAAACAAUACAUUUGGGAGUCUGAUAGCAGUCGUUAUAGUAUUGUUGAAGAUCCAAGAGGAGAUACAUUGAAACGAGGAACUAUGAUAUCCUUGUAUUUGAAAGAUGAAGCCAUUGAUUUUCUUGAGCAGGACACUGUCAAGAAUUUAAUUCAAAAAUACUCACAGUUUAUUAAUUUUCCAAUCCAUCUCUGGAGCAGCAAGACCAUUCAGGUUGAGGAUGUAGAAGCUGAGCAAUCUGAAGAGAAAACCGAGCAACUUGAAGAGACUAAGGAUAAAACAGAAGAUGAAGACGUUGAGGUGGAAGAGGCGCCCGAGAGCACCGAAAAGAAGAAGAAAAUGAUCUCGAAAACUGAUUGGGAUUGGGAACUCCUGAAUAACUCAAAACCUAUCUGGACUCUGAAAUCUUCCGAGGUUCCCGAUGACGAUUACUUCCAAUUCUAUAAAACCCUUACUACAGAUACGCAAGACCCUUUGGCGAAGGUCCACUUCAUAGCUGAAGGAGAAGUAUCCUUCAAGGCUCUUCUCUUCAUGCCGAAAGUACAACCAAGUGACAGCUUUAACAAAUACGGAACCAAGGUGGACAACAUCAAGCUUUUCGUUCGCAGAGUCUUCAUCACCGACAAAAUCAAUGACAUGAUGCCAAACUACCUUUCUUUUAUUCGCGGAAUCGUCGACUCGGACGAUCUCCCGCUUAACGUCUCCAGAGAAAAUCUCCAACAGCACAAACUAAUCAAGGUGAUCAAGAAAAAACUUAUUCGAAAGGUUCUAGAUAUGAUGAAAAAACUAUCUAAAGAAGAAUACGAUGCGUUCUGGAAAGAGUACAGCACCAACGUCAAAUUGGGAGUGAUUGAAGAUGCCCAAAAUCGAGCAAGACUCUCGAAGCUCCUCCAAUUUAAAUCCUCAACGAACAAUCUCACAAAUCUAAAUGAGUACGUCGCUAGAAUGAAGCCAAAUCAGAAAAUGAUCUUCUACAUUGCUGGCAGCUCCGAGGAUGAAGUGAAAAAGUCCCCGUUUGUUGAGAGAUUAAACGAGAAGAAAUAUGAAGUUCUCUAUCUUACUGAAGCUGUUGAUGAAUACGCUAUUUCAGCCAUUACUUUAUUCGAAGGAAAAAAAUUCCAGAAUAUUGCAAAGGAAGGAUUCACCCUUGAUGAUACGGACAAGGGCAAAGAGAAAAUGGAGAGAUUGAAAUCAUCGUUUGAGCCACUCAUUAAGUGGCUGAAUAAUAUUUUGAGUGAACACAUCAGUAAGGUGCUCAUUUCUGAAAGAUUAACUACAUCUCCAUGUGCGCUGGUAGCUAGUAUGUUCGGCUGGACAGGAAAUAUGGAAAGGCUGGCAAUCUCUAAUGCACAUCAGAAGGCUGAUGAUCCUCAAAAAUCCUACUACUUGAAUCAGAAGAAGACUUUGGAAAUUAAUCCUAGACAUCCACUUAUUAAGGAGUUGUUGAAACGAGUCGAGUCUGAUGCAGAUGAUGCAACUGCAAAGGAAAUUGCACUAAUGAUGUUCAAUACUGCAACCCUCAGAAGUGGAUACAUGUUGAAAGAGACUGCUAGCUUUGGAGACAGUGUGGAGGCGUUGAUGAGGAAGACUUUAGGGAUUCCGUUGGAUGAAGAGCCUGAGGAAGGAGAGGAUGAUGAGACUUUCAGUGGAGAACCAGAAGAAACUGGAACGGAAGAGGAGGUCGAUGCUGAAGGAGAAUUUAGUAAAGACGACGAACAUGAUGAGCUCUAAGAAAUUAGAAGAAUCGGGACUGAUAGGAUCGGCAGUAAUAAUAUUGUCCAAGUUCAAUUAUUUUGGAGAUGAGUACGACUAUUAACCAGAUUCUCAUUUGUCAAAAUAAUUCAUAAUUGAGAUAUUUCAUACUUGACGGAUACUUAAUUUUAGUUACAAGUAAGAUGAUCAAAAAGCAAAUUUCAAAGUUCUGCUUUGUGGGCGAAAAAAACUAAGAUUCUCCUUGACAUUGUCUAGCGUGAAUUCACUUGUCCGCGAAAUAAAUCAUCAAUAGUUUCGCUGAUGAGCUCUUCGAAACAUCAAAAUUAUUUCCAGCAGCAUUUACUAUAUCAAAUGUAGCCGAGUCCUACUUAUUUUCCAGUCCAUCUCCAGUUCAAUUAACAAAAUUGAAAAUUGAAAUAAUGAGUUGAAAUUCUACAUUGUUCAAUUUAUUUUCAAUUAUUGAAUUGAGUAUUUUUUCACUUCGAAUGCUCAAAUUGACUUGGUGAGAGUCCAUUUCUAGAAGGUACCGACUUCAGAAAACAUGAAGGGGGAAAUCUUCCAUUCUCAGUGAAUAUUAAUUUGUUAUGAAUGUAUGAGAGUUGUGCAUAAGUGCUAUUGUAAUUUAUAUCAAAUGGAUUAAAAAAGAGUACUGAAAAGUGAAA